AUCUUUUUUCAACCAUUAUCAUCACGCCUGAGUGCAUGAGUAAGUGUGUGGGCGUUCGUAAGCCAGUCCUUUAUUAGGGUUUUUAGGUUGUACACAGUGAGCGGGUAGAUAUUAAGCAGCCUAUUUAAUUUAUUGAUUGAUUUAUAGUCGGACCUAUAUCAAAUACUUGAGCAGCGUUGGCAUAGUGGCUUUAACGCGUGACUCUCAUCUCUGAGGUCGUAGGUUCGGUCCCCGGCUAUGCACCGAUGGACUUUCUUUCUAUGUGCGCAUUUAACAGUUGCUCGUACGGUGAAGGAAAUCAUAGCUAGGAAACCUUGCCUUACAGCUAAAAACUCGACGGCAUGUCCAGCAUAGAAGACUGAUCACCUACUUGCCUAUUAGAUUGACAUAUGAACAUGAAACAGAUACAGAAAUCUGAAGUCCAGAUCUGUAACUCCACAGAUUUAUGUUGUCAUUUGAAAUGAUAUAGAGUACACCCUACCAAAGACAAUAUUUUAUUUAUUGCGGCCCUACCGAUUCCAAUAUAACGCUAAAAUAAUACAGCAUAUGGAAUUUCCAUUUGUAAACACUGCCUAAUAAUGCCUAAUGCAUAUAAAAAUAUUUAAGAGCGCGAAAAGCAAUCAAACCUCGGGUUAUGUAAAUAUCGUAAUAUCUGAGAUUUAUAGUAUCUGUUAAACAAGUUCUAUUAUAAUCUCAACUUAAACUCGGCCAGUAUAUUUAUCACAACACAAUGAACCAGUGACAUGAACUCAUUUCUUCAACAAGUGUUAAAUAUGAUAAUUGGAUGCGAAAAUCGUAUUGGAAAGUUUUCUCCAUUAUGCGUUAGUAUUCGUUUAGAUGUCACCAAGUUACAAACUAAUUUAUGUAAAAAUGCAAAAGUUACUUUUUGGAAUAUUUGUGAUUACGGUUUUUCCAACCGUUCAGUGCAGAGGACGUAACUACAUAUCCAAUAAACGCGACUGUGGUCCGUAUGGCUUUGUUUGCGACGGGAUUACAAGAAUGCGCAUUUGUGAAGAAGGCAAUGUUUUAGGUCCUAGCUUUCGUUGUCCGUCUAACACCAUAUGCAACGAAGAGUCAACAGACGUGUGUGAAAGCACUUUGAAUUAUAUAGAUCCAAUUAUAACCAGAAACAUCCGGUGCUAUCGUAACGAACGUCUCGCUGACACCAGCGUUCCAGGCUGCAAAGGAUAUAUCAUGUGCAUUCCCAAUAAAAAUAGAUUUCAAGGCCUGAAAUUCCAGUGUUCUGGACAAACAAUAUUUAACGGUUUCACACGAUCAUGCACGUCACCAGAGAAAUAUAAAUGCCCACUUAUAAAUAGUACUAUACAAAAUAAAUUCUACUCGGAACCUCUCGGGAACCGUAAGCCUCUUAAUACAUACGACCAGCUUCAUAAGCCUAUUGAAUGUGAGAACUAUAAAUUCGCAGUGACAAGUGAAGACAGUCCAUCACGUAUUACGUACUUUUGUCCCCAAAGACCACCACGAGGAGAAAACAAAAUUCGAUGUACUGUAUUUUCAAACAAUUUCUGCCUCGCACUGGAGAGAGACGAUGAGGACCAAUUUUUGCAAGUUUCGGGCUCUGCGUUUAGAAGACCAAGAAAUAAUGACUAAGCUAUUUUCUAAGGUUUUCUUAAAGUACUUUUAUUGAUAAGACUGAAUUGUACCUUAAUAUUAGAGACCUCUUUAUAGUCUAAGAUCCGGGAUAAGAAAAAUAUACCCUCAUCUGUUAUUUAGAUUAAACAAUUUUUUAUAAGCUGAUUUCAAUAUCAUGAACUUAUAAAAACUGCAAUUAAUAGUAAUUAAUUAACAACUAAUUUUUUUUUAAUUUUUACUUUCUCGUGUUAGUUACAUGUAGUAAGUUACGCCGUUUAUUAUUGUACUUAGAUUUUUUAAUUAACAUGUGAGGGAAAUAAGCUACAUUUAUUUACCUUUUCUCAUCUGGCUGCAGGUAAGUAUAGC